AUGACAAAACCAUGGGACGAGCAUCGGGAGACUAUUGUCCGGCAAUACAAGGAGCAAAAAAAACCACUCCACGAGGUGCAGCGCUUCAUGGAGGAAAAGCAUAGAUUCAAGGCAUCAACCCGAGCGUACAGAUCUCGGUUCGAUAGAUGGGGAGUCCACAAAUACACUUGCCGCAAACGUCGAGGCUCCUUCGCCAACGCUGGAAGGAUUUCGGCCUCAGAUGAUGCCGUGUGCGACGACUUCUCUCCGGCGCAGAGCCCUGACUUGGAUGACGAGGGAAGUGCCAGCAGUCCGCUGGCGUCGUCGCCCGCCAUGUCCCCCGCCGAUUUCUUCGUUCAACCCGCGCUUUUGACGUGA